GACCAAUUCAACUAUCUAUUUAUUUUCACUACGUAUAGUUCGAAAUUGAAAUAGGCUCAUUGAGAAUUUUGACCCAAUGUUGGGAUUAUCGAAACCUGAUUUUCUGAUCAUCAGCUUCAUAGUUAUUCUGAUAAUCAGUUUCAUCAGAACAAGUCAGUCUCAAGCACCAAACUACGUUGGAGAUGACUGCCAUAACAAAACCCCUCAAGCUCUUACUUCCUCCUACAAAGCCAAUCUUAACCAGCUCCUCUCAAGGCUCUCGGCCGAUUCUACCACCGGCAAACGCUACAGCAACACCACCGUCGGCAACACCGCCGAUGAUGCCGUGUACGGCCACUAUGACUGCCGCAUCGACCUUGCCGGAUAUUUCUGCCAGUUCUGUCUCUCCACUGCCACCAGAGAGGUUCUCCAACGGUGUCCCAAUCAACUUUCUGCUGUAUUAUGGUAUGACUUCUGCAUCCUUCGAUACUCUAACAAGAACUUCUUUGGGAAUGUGACGGCAAGCCCAUGGUGGAAUGUUAGCGAUGCGAAGAUGAUGUCGGUUUCGGGGGAGGGGAAGAAAGCAGAGAGUUACUUGAGAAGUUUGAUAGAGAAAGCAACGGAGGGGAUGAAAGAAUUGGGCGCAAAGGGAGAGUUUGAUUUGGGUGGAGGAAGAAAAAGGUACGGAUUGGUUCAGUGUAGUAAAGACCUUGACACUGAAGGUUGCAGACAAUGCUUGGAGGCUAUGGUGGAUAAGGUUCCUCAAUGUUGUGAACAAAAACAAGGCUGGCAAGUUUCAUCUCCUAGUUGUAUGAUCAAGUACAAUGAUUACAUGUUCUAUCAAUCAUCCUCUUCUCUUAGUCCUAAUCCUCCUUCAGAAAAUAAUGGUGUCAGCAAGUCAAAAGCAUUGAUCAUAAGCAUAACUGUAUUUAUGGGUGUAGCUUUAUUAUGUGUGGGUUUUUUCAUCUGGAGAAGGAAGACUAGAAAAGAAGAAAUGCCGUUGGAGAGCAAUCUUAUGAUUAAUGACCCUUCUCAACGAGAGGCUUCAUUGAACACAGACCUUCCCACAAUUCCUUUAAUUGUAAUUCAACAAAGUACACAUCACUUUUCAGAAGUCUCUAAAUUGGGAGAAGGGGGAUUUGGUCCUGUCUAUAAGGGUACAUUACCAGAUGGGAGGGAAAUUGCUGUGAAAAGACUCUCACAAACUUCAGGUCAAGGUACAAAAGAGUUCAAGAAUGAAGUGAUAUUCAUAGCAAAGCUGCAACAUAGAAACCUUGUUAGACUCUUGGGUUGUUGUAUAGAACAAAAUGAAAAGUUGCUUGUGUACGAGUACAUGCCAAAUUCCAGCCUUGAUUUCCAUCUUUUCAGUGAGGAAAAUAGAAAGAAACUAAAUUGGGAACGAAGACUACAUAUCAUUAAUGGAAUUGCAAAAGGACUUUCAUAUCUUCAUGAAGAUUCUCGACUUAGAAUAAUUCAUAGAGAUUUGAAAGCUAGCAAUGUUCUUUUGGAUCAUGAGAUGAAUCCUAAAAUAUCAGAUUUUGGGUUAGCAAGGACUUUUGAAGGAGCUCAAAAUCAAGGAAUAAAUACCGGCAGAGUAAUGGGUACCUAUGGAUACAUGGCUCCAGAAUAUGCUAUGCAAGGAUUAUUUUCAGUCAAAUCAGAUGCUUAUAGCUUUGGAGUUGUUCUACUAGAAAUCAUAUGCGGAAAAAGGAUUAGGGAUUUCCACCUAUGUGAAUGUGGUCAAAGUCUUCUAAUUUAUACUUGGAAUCUGUGGUGCGAAGGAAAAUGUUUGAAACUCAUGGAUCCAAUGUUGGAAGAUUCAUACAUAGGAAGUGAAGUUUUGAAGUGCAUACACAUUGGUUUGCUUUGUGUUCAAGAAGAUGCAAAAGACAGACCUACCAUGUCCACUAUUGUGGUCAUGCUUGCAAGUGACACAAUGUCAUUUCCCAAGCCUAAUCGUCCUGCAUUUUCAGUGGAAAGAACGGCUAAUAUUCCAGAAGAUUCAUCUACUUCAAAAGAUUCUAAAGUUCCUUCUGUGAAUGGGGUAACAGUGUCUUAUAUUAUACCUAGGUGACAAAACUAAUCUUGUUGAGGACGACAUAGGUGCUUUGUAGUGAUUGCACAAUCCAUUGAGGACAGAGAUAAAAAGAUUGGAUUAAAUUUUGGGGGAAAAUCGAUAUGGUUUGAUAAAAGCCAAAAUACAUGACAAUCUUAUCUUUCUUAUAGAUGUUGAUUAUUUCAUUUUAUUAUUA